GGCUGGUUGAUCGAAACCCACGAUUGGUGCAACAAGCGGCAACCGCUGGACCCCAACUAUCCCUGUCGACGAGUCGAACAACUAACUCAACGCCUCACCGAGAGAUGCCAGCUUUCGAUCGAAGUUCCCCAGUUCCGCAUCACAAGCGGUCACAUGCUAACAAACAGCACCACCCUUAAGUUACGAUUGGACAACAAGAGCGAGGAAUACAUCACCAGAGUCCCGCUUGUUUUCCAUUAUCACAAUUGCACAGGAGUCAUCUAGUCUCCCCCUGGCACGAAAUCACCAUGGCUGAUGACGACAAGGCCAAAGCGGAGAAGCUGGCUGCGGCUAAGAAGAGGGUCGAAGCACUAAAAAAGCAAAAAGCCAAAAAGGCCAGCGGCGACUCGUCAAAGAAGGCCGACAAACCUAAGGACGCCCCCGCACCAUCAGCAUCAGCGGCACCAGAGCAAGAAGAGGAUACCAUUAAAGAUGAUGCCGACAAGGACAAGCCCAGCGACGUGGUCGAGCAGACGGUGACGUCUCCGUCGCUCUCAGAAGCCGAGCAGUCGCGGGCGCGUUCGACCUCGUUCCGCAAGCAAUCCAUCUCGUCGGGCGUGGCGGGGGCCGCACCGCCCACGCCGGGGCUCACUAGCCCAGACCUGCGUGAGACAGCCCCGGAUAUCUACCGCAAGAACAUGGCACGCAUCGAGGAGCUGGAAAAGGAGAACAAACGGCUGGCUAGGGAGUCAACGGAGGCGGAGAAACGGUGGCAGAAGGCCGAGGAGGAGCUGGCCGACUUGCGCGAGGCCGAAGGCGACUCGGGCAAGAAGGCUGGUGGUUCUGACGAGGUUGAGAAGCUUAAAUCUGAGGUCGCCUCGCUACAAAGGCAAAAUGCCCAACUCCAAGCCCGCCGCCACGGGUCCCAGUCAUCCGUCUCACACACCGCCGAGCCGCAGGAACUGGCCGAACAGCUCGCUGCACGCACGGCGACGAUCGAGACAAUGGAGCUGGAGAUGUCGCGGCUACGGGCUCAGGUCGAGCGCCUGGCGUCCAACACCACUCAGUCGGAGCAGGUGAUGGCCCUAGAGGAACGCGCGGCGCGGGCCGAAAAGGCGGCAGGCCAGGCGCAGCGCGAGCUGGCCGACAUGAAGAAGAACUUGGAGCGGGCGUCGGAGAAGGCUGUGCGGGAGGGCAGCGAGCGGGCGAGCGCCGACACUAAGGUGCGCGCGCUAGAGAAGGAGGCGGCCGAGGCCAAGGAGAAGAGCGGCAAGGAGGCCGCCAGGGCGGACGCGCUGGAGAAGAAAGUGGCGACACUCACGACGCUGCACCGGGAGCAGGACGCGCGGAGCCAGGCGCUCCGGAAGGACAAAGAGAAGGCUGAGAAGGAGGUCCAGGCGCUUGAGGUCAAGAUGGAGGCGCUCGAGGCGGAAAACCUGAAGCUUCGCAAGAGGGACGCGCAGGAAAGCGGCGGCACAGACAAUGACGGCGUGGACGAGCUCGAGGACGAAGGCAGGGCCAAGCUGGAGGCGCGCGUCCGCGAGCUCGAGGCCGAGAACCACGAGCUCAGGAGUGGCAUCUGGCAGGAGAAGCGCAAGGAGAUGCAGGUCGGGCCCGACGGCCAGUUCUCCGAGGUCGAGCUCACGACGCCUCACCUCGGAGCCGGCUCGCCGUCGCAGCAGCGCAAGGCGUCCGGGUUCGGGGACUUCUUCUCGAGCAUCACGGGUUCAGGGGGUCACCACCACCACCAGCAUCACCAGCAUCAUCACAACGACGAGCCUCUCCUCGAGGAUGACGAUGACUUUGAGUUUGACGAGGCGGCCUUUCGCCGCGCCCAGGAGGAGGACGCCAAAAAGCGCAUCGAGCGCAUCAAGGAGAUCAAGAGGGGACUCAAGAACUGGGAGGGCUGGCGGCUCGACCUGGUCGAGAGCCGGAGCGUGGGCGGUGAAGGCGUCGGUGAAAUAUUUGAGGUAUAGAAGAGGGGCUGUUAGACUUUUAGUGGAAUAUUAUGGGUGUUGCUUAAAUCCGCCAUAUGCAUGUGUAUUGCUAUGUAAAAAUAUUACACAUAUUUUACUAAAGAAUAGACUGGUUGAUACUGGG